UAAAGUAUACAUUGAAUUGUUUAAAACAGCGGCGGCAAGAAAAAUAGAACGUGUGAAGUAUGAAUAUAGAGGAAUAAAAUCAACUAUUAUUGUUUUUAAUUGCACUUAUUAUUACAUGAUAAUAUGACUGAAAGAAACAGAAUCAAGGGAGAAGUUGUUUCCAGUUUGGAUUCUGCCCUGAAUAAACUUUAUACAAUAUGGGAUGUAAUUGGUAUAGCGGACGAUGCCGUCAAGGCAAGGGCAGAGACAGUUUCUCUACAUUUAACCAAUUUGUUAGAAGAAAUGGUACAAGAGGAAGACAGUUUACGACAGAGACUUCAAGAUAGUAUCAGUCAGUAUUUAGAUCAGGUUAAAUCUAUCUGUCAAGAACUGAAACUACCAGUUUAUACGACACCAACCUCUCUGACCAUGAUACAGAAAGAGAAAGAUCUUAGAAUGAAGAUGGAAGCUUUAACAAGAGAGAAGAAUAACAGAAUGGCCGAGAUGAAUACAUUAAAAGAACAAGAUCAGCGUUUAUGUGAAAUAUUGUGUAUGACACCAUAUUAUAUACCAAGUGGUACAGUACCAUCUAAAGAACAGAUCAAAGAGUUAGAGAAACAUGUUACCACACUCCAAGCACAAAAAGAAAAGCGCCAUGCAGAUUUUAUCAGUACCAAGAAGAGUAUAGUAAAAAUAUUAAAUGAAUUAGAGCAAGAUCCUGAUUCUUCUUUUCAAAAAGAAGUUGUUUCUGAAGCUGAAGAAUCUUUUAUUCUGUCCAGUGAUAACUUAGAUAAACUUAAAGCCCUACAACAACAGUUAACGACACAAAAAGCAGAAAUUAAACAGACCUGUGAUGAUUUGUGGCUGAGUGUAAAAAGUUUAUGGGAUCGUUUGGACAUUUCUGAGAGUGAACGACAACAAUUCUGUACUGGUAAAGAGGGAUAUAAAUCGAAAGUACUCCAAGCUUUACGAGAAGAAAUUUUACGCUGUGAACAAUUGAAACUACAGAAUAUUCAGAGAUUCGUGGAAGGAAUCAGAAAAGAGUUAACAGAAUGGUGGGAUAAAUGUUUCUAUAGUGCUGAUCAGAGAGAACAUUUUGAAAUGGUUUUCACUGAAGAAGAAUUUACGGAAGAAUUAUUAGGAAUACAUGAACGUGAAUUAGAGAAAGUGAAAGAUUAUUAUCAACAGAACCGAGAAUUACUUGAUAAAAUGGCACAGAGGGAAUCAUUAUUUAAAGAUAUGCUGGAAGCUGAGAAAAAGGCACGAGAUCCUAAUCGCUUCAAUAACCGAGGUGGUAAAUUAUUACAAGAAGAAAAGGCAAGAAAAAAGAUUGCUAAAGACUUACCAAAAGUAGAAGAAACUGUGAAAGCGGCCAUAGCUGAGUGGGAGAAAGAGAAUGCUAGGACAUUCUUAGUGGGUGGUGUCAAUUAUGACACUUACAUAGCUGAACAAUGGCAGAUGUAUGAAGAAUCUAAAGUUAAAGAAAAAGAACAGCGACAUAUAUUACGUGCUAAGCAGACGGUUGAAGAAAUGCAUUAUGGUAGUAAACCAACGACUCCAGUUAAACGACGAUUUCAACAACAGACGCCAACAAAAACACCACAAAAUAAACAAAGAAAGAUGAACGAAACAAAAACACCAGGUUCAAUGAGUCGCUUACAUCAUCGAAGUGUUUUUGCUUCCCCACUAGCAAGAGCACCAUUAUCAGUAACAAAAAUACGAUCAAAAACAGAGACUCCAAAACAAAAGAGAAGAUCAAGUCGAAUACACCGAAAAAUUUUAUCGGAGCGUAAUAAGAUGGUCAAAAGUCAGGUUCAAGAUCAAAGUCACAUGUUUAGUCGGACCACGGUAAGCAGCGGUGACAGUGCUGUAAGUGGAGAUUCGAGUCUAGCGUCAACGGGAUCAUAUCAAGAUUUUGCUCAUGGAUUAGCUCCUAAUGCCAGACCGAACUGUAGAAGUAGCUGUGCCAUGAUUUUAAGUCCGAAGAAGAAUUUAUUCUAAUUUAUAAUACUCUAAAGUUUAUUAUUUUACAAGAUAAUGUUUAUAAACUAAAAGACUUCACAUGGGUUGUAAAUAUUGUAAAUAAUAUUUUAUUGCGAUUCGUUUUGCAUGUGUGGAUAAAAAGGCAUUCACCUAAAGAAAACAUGUAUUUUUACAACAACUACAAAUUGAAUUGAGAAUAAGAAGAUCCAGUCGUCAUCAUCAUCCUCCAGCACCCCUCGAACACCAAAAAUUAUGUUUAAUUAAUACCAUAGAAAUGCAAAUAUUAUUAAAUCUGAGAAAAAUGCACAACCACUAAAUAUAUUGAUGUGUAUACAAAGUUUCAUAACUAUAUUUUAAACAGUUGAUGAUAUAUGCUUCGAAAACCGGGACAAAAGAAUGAAGAGUGUUCAAUUCAAUAUCUUUCCAAUAACUUCGUUGGGCGCAGGAUAAUUAAAGGACUAAACCACACCAAUUGAAUUAGGAAAAGUUUUAAACAUCAGUUAUAUAUUGGAAAACCUCACUAUAGAUACAGUGAAACUUGUAUUUCUAAUUGGGCAUUCAAGAACGUUUUAUAAACCCUUAUAGUAUAGAAGUGUGAUCAUAUAUUGUUGUCACUCAUGUUGAUCCUUUCUGAUAAUUACUUCAUAGGUUGUUGCCCCUGAUGAAAAAAAUAAUAACACAUCCUUUAUAGACUUUCAGGUGACUGAGCUUCUGUGGAUGUGUGUUUUGUUACCUGGCAACCUAUCUUUAUAUUUAAAAUCAAAUACAAUUUGAAAUUUCAAAGUCUGUUAACUUUUGUAAAUUAUAAUUGUAUUAAAAAUUCACUUAGAGGGUGAUCAUUUUGUGUACUGGUAAAUGUAAAUAGCAGGUUGUACAUUUGUUUCAACUUUUUAGGACAUCACAAACACAUGGGUAGAUUUUGUAAAAAUGGCUGUUAUUUGUUUGGCUUUUAAUUGUUAUGGGAUAUAAAUACAGCACAUGUCUUGACAAAGAUGCCGGAUUUACACCCCAAUUUAAAAAAGUAUGUUACAGUGUUAUGCAGAGCAAAGUGAAACUUCUGUUAAGUGAACCUGAUGGAAUGUGUUUAAGCGUCUUGGAACAGCAACAAAAAUGGCUAAUCUGGUUUCUUUUACUUCUGACUGCCAGCAGACAGGUGGUUCAAAUUGUUCAAAAUUGUUAAUUUAGGAAAUUAGGGCAUCUUUGUCAAGGUGUAAAGCAAGGGUCAGUGAUUGUGUUGUAUAAGCCUAGCUUGACAAAUGAAGAUGGAUUUUUCUCAAUCUGUUUAAAAUACACAUCUAUAUUUUGUUUCGUUUUUUUUUUUUAUAUAUAUACUUUUGAUGUUCUAAGCUUCAAAUAGAUCCGACUUGAUUUUGAUGGAGAUUUACAUCCGGGAUCAGACAGGUGAACUUCAACUGAAUUCGGUCUUUUGGGGUUUUUUCUCUGAUCUAUAAUUGUCUCCCAUAAUUCAGUGCACACCUCGACUAAAGCUUUACUAAAUAGACAAUAUUUUAUUGGCUGACCUAUUAUAUCAAAAAUCCUUUAAGAGGAAUAAAACUAAAUUUGAAAUAUAAAAAAACAAAACAAAGUAGGUUCUGUGUUUUAAUUGGAUUGGAUUUUAUUACCACUGAAAGUGAAAGUAGUUUUUGUUUUAUUCUGUUAUAACUUUAUCUUACACCUGUUAAAUAUGAGUUUUAAUGUACCGUGUAAUUAGAUAACUGUCUUUGUUUUUAUGUGCAAUAAGUUAUAAAUUUGUGUUCAUAUUUUUGUCACUUUUCAUUAUUUGCCUUUUUUUUUAAAAAAACAAAACAAAAAAAACCUUAAAAGUAUCAAAUUCAGAAAUUCUUCAAUUGUUUUUUGAUGUCACGAAAUUUUAAAUGGAUUUGUCAGCAUUUGUUUCAUUUAACAUUUAUAUCUAUAUUGAUAUAAAUAAAUAUAUAAGCUCGAAAAGGUUUUCAUGUUGUUAACCUUUUUUGGCAUGGUCUUCCCUUGUCAGUGUUGUAAGACGGAGGACCUGGUCAGAAACAGUGUCUAGUCGCUAGGAUGUGACAAAAAAACAGAUAAACAGAUCCCAUGUACACAUAAAAGACCCCUUGACAGUUGAAUUCGAAAUAAGAGUAGACCAUAGAGCCACUGUCAAAGCAAAAUUUGCCUUAUAGCACACUGCAUGGCAUAUGCUUGUCUUCAUUAGCCCAGUUGGAGCAGAAAAGUAGGACAUUAAACCCUAUUUUAUUUCAUGUUUGUAACCCUAUUGUAUAAGUAGAUAUUACAAAGCAUUUAAAUUUGAAAUACACUAGUAUAUCUAUAAUUAUUUUGUUCAUGUAAUACUGACAAUAUACAUAAUAUCUAGAAGAAAAUAUAUUUAUAUAACUAUAUAUUAUUAGUUAAUAUUACAUAGCCUUUAAAUUUAACACUAUAUAUGGCUUUUUAUGUACAUCAUUAUAUUUUAAUAUCUUCAAAAGGAUAUCACUUGUCUAAAUGUUGCAUUAUUUCAUACUGGAAAUUAAAUUCACAAUAUUUUAUUAUUAAUACCGGUAUGUAAAUGUUAGAAAUGAAUAUAUCAAAGAAAAGUGUCAGUAGUUAGUUAACUGCGGAUGGUUAAGGAACAAUCUUAAGAUGGAAAUCACUACUUGUUUCAGGGUCAGAUUUACCCACUUGUGGGGACCAGGUCAAACUGAUCAGUGGGCCCCAAAAUUUAUAUAAAUGUUUGCAUGUUUCAGUAUGUUCUGGGUCCUAUAUUUAUUGUACAGGAGCCCUUAAGGUUUUGAAUAUAUUAUAUAAUGAAAUACUCAGUGUACACUUGAAGCAAGGUUAUAGCUGGCAGAACAAAUUAGUUUCAGUGAGCUAUAGAUCAAAUUGCCUGCUAUGCUAAAAUCAGCCCUGGUCUUAAGUUAAAAGUUUUUCACAUUAAAGCGGAAUUGUUCUUGUGAUAUAUAACCCAUUAUAUAUGUCUUGUGUAUUUUUAUGUUUUUCUAUUGUUUCCCCCUGGGGUCAGUAAAUUUUUGAUGAAUUGAAUUCAGGCCAAGUAAGUUAUACAUUAGCAUUUCACAUUCUUAGAAUCAUUCCAUUUUAUAAUAGUUCACAGCAUUUCUUUAUACAGUCCUACUCACAUUUCCAACAGUUUUGAAGUUGAAUUUCAAAAAGAUCUAUCUGCUGUCAAUACAAUAGUGGGGGGAAAUGGUAUCAAAUAUCAUAGAUAAAUAGUUGAUUUCUGUCAUUAUUAAUGACUGUUGAUGACAGUUAACAAUUAAUGCUAGAUAGUCCUUAUAAAGUUGGAUUUUACAAAAUAUCAAGGUUGUGUGUAGGACUGUAUAAUAUGGUACAAUUUCACUUUUUUAAACUUUGUGAAAUAGAAUAAUUUCACAGGAUUAAUGUUAUAGAAUAUAAUUAAAUAAUCUGUAGUAUAUAACAGUAGCAUUGUUUUAGUUGUAUUUAUAUAUGUAUAAUAUAUGCUACUUGAACAAACAUCAUUCUCCCAAGCAGAGUUGUCUUCCCUUGCUUUUCACACUGAAUGCUGGAUAGCAAGACCUGCAUGGGGGGAAUGGUACAUCCCUAUGUAGAAAGAUGUAUAUAUGUAAUGUAAAUAACUUGAAGUAAAAACACACUCUAACUAAAGCUAGAAAUACUGCUAGUGCUUUAUUCUUAAUUCUUGUCUUUCUCUCUACUUGUAACUUGCAAAUAAAUAUUAUUAAAUGAUCAAA